AUGGCUGAAUCAUCCGACAAACCUACACCCCUUCAUCCUGCAUACUCGGUUACGAAUAUUCAGACCAAGAUCCGGACAUUGGACGGAUCGAAAGUCACAUAUUCUUCCUGGGUUAAACUUUUUCGCCUUCACAUUGUUGCAUAUAAAGUUUCUGACCACAUAGACGGUGCAGACCCACCAGCCGAUACUUCUCCAGAUUAUGCACAAUGGAAAGAACUCGAUGCGUUGGUCCUUCAAUGGAUUUACAGCACAGUUUCAGAUGAUCUCCUGAAUCGUAUAUUGGAUACGAAUGCUACAAACAAAACGGUUUGGAAGAAGCUUGAAAAGAUUUUUUUGAGCAAUAAAAAGGUUCGCGCUGCGGCACUAGAGACAAAGUUUUGCAACCUCACCCUCACAGCCUGUACAUCGGUUGAAGAUUAUUGUCAGCGGUUGUCCAAUUUAGCUAAUCAGUUGUCUGAUGUUGAUCAGCCCGUUUCAGAUUCCCGACUCGUUCUACAGCUUGUUCGUGGACUUCCGGCUGAAUAG